UAGCACAUAUUAGAACGCAUGAUCUUUAUGAUAAUUUAUUUAAAAAAACAAAAUUAUAUAUAUAUAAACCGAACCCGAGUCCUCUACACAAGAAGUCUACUUUCCUUCACUCGACUUGGAACUAUUUUCUUGAUUGGAGUCAACCCGGUUCGAGCGUGACGUGGGUCACACACGAACCCGAGUCCUCUACACAAGAAGUUGACCCGCAAGUUCGUAUGACACGUGGCCCAAUAAGAAACGCCAGCCUGUCAUGCUUUACGCUUAAGCAAGCCCAUAAAUAUCAAGAGAGGAACGAUCUCAAGCUUUGCUCUCCUUCUCCGAUGGCUUCCCGACGAACUCUCAAGCUCAAGUCCAUCUCCUGCAAAGGCCUCAAGUUCUUCAAUCUCUUCCAGAAACCCUCGAUCUGCGCCACCGUCUCCCUUGCCAAUCCCCGUGAUCGCAAACCGAUUCAACGCCACGAGACGCCGGUGGACCGUGACGGUGGCGAGAAUCCCGAGUGGGAUCUCCCGAUCCGGUUCACCCUUGAGCCUGAUCGUCAGUUGGAUCUCAUCCUCCGCUUUGAUCUUAUCCAUAAAGGUGGUCUUCUCCUCGGAGAUAGGAUCGUCGGAGAGGUCACCGUCCUCGUUGCCGAUCUCGAGGCAGAGGCCAUCCCCGGCGUCGUUCGCCACGUCAGCUACCAGGUGAAGUCCCCGGAGGGUAAGCCCAACGGAGUUCUUACCCUUGCUUAUAAGAUCCGUGACCCCAAGGCCGUGAUUUCGGUUUCGGCGCCGAUGUCUUUUGGAUAUCAUUACCCUUCCCCUUCGGAGCCGCCGCCGCCGCCGCCGCCGCCGUUGAUGUCUUCCGGGAAUUAUUACCCUUCUCUGGAGGUGCCAGCGCUAGCGCCACUACUGCCGAUGGCUUCCAGUUCUUAUUACCCUCCCCCGGCAGCGGUGGAUCCUGGCUAUAUCCACUGGCCGGAUCCAGCAGUGUACUACCCGCCGUACCCACCGGAACACGUGGGCUAUUAUCCGCCACCGGUACAGGGUGGUCACCGGACGGAGUUCUCUUGGGGACGGGGUUUGACUGGGUAUAAUUGAAAAAGAGUUUGUUUGGGGUGUUAAUUGUGUAAAUUCAAAGUUUGCUUGAUUUUUUGGUUGGAGAUGGUGGUAGUGGUGAAGGUGUUAUUUAGACCCCAAAUAAAAGCUUUGUGUAUUGCGUGAUAAUUUUGAUGUCUUGCUUGUGAUUUGCGUUUGCAUUGAGAAUUUGAGAGUGUGAAGGAACAAUUUUGAA